CCCCACUGGCUGCUCUGAAAAGCCAUCUUUGCAUUGUUCCUCCUCCGACUCCUUGGUCGCUGCAGCCACCUCAGCGGCGCGCCUCCUUCGCCGUCUCGGACUCCGGCAUCUUUAUCGCCAGAGUCCCUGAACUCUCGCUUUCUUUUUAGUCCCCCGCAUCGGAUCACCGGCGUGCCCCACCAUGUCAGACGCAGCGAUAGACACCAGCUCCGAAAUCACCACCAAGGACUUGAAGGAGAAGGAAGUUGUGGAAGAGGCGGAAAAUGGAAGAGACGCCCCUGCUAACGGGAAUGUGGAGAAUGAGGAAAAUGGGGAGCAGGAGGCUGACAAGGAGGUAGAUGAAGAAGAGGAAGAAGGUGGGGAGGAAGAGGAGGAGGAAGAAGAAGGUGAUGGUGAGGAGGAGGAGGAUGGAGAUGAAGAUGAGGAAGCUGAGUCUGCUACCAGCAAGCGGGCAGCUGAAGAUGAUGAGGAUGACGAUGUCGAUACCAAGAAGCAGAAGACCGACGAGGAUGAUUAGACAGCAAAAAAGGAAAAGUUAAACUAAAAACAACAACAACAAAAAGGCCGCCGUGACCUAUUCACCCUCCACUUCUUGUCUCAGAAUCUAAACGUGGUCACCUUCGAGUAGAGAGACCGGCCCUCCUGCCCACCGCGGGCAGCGCCACCCGCAGAUGACACGAGGCGCUCUCCACUACCCAGCCCAAACCAUGAGAAUUUGCAACAGGGGAGGAAAAAAGAAUCAAAACUUCCAAGGCCUUGCUUUUUUUCUUAAAAGUACUUUAAAAAGGAAAUUUGUUUUAUUUUUUAUUUACAUUUUAUAUUUUUGUACAUAUUGUUAGGGUCAGCCAUUUUUAAUGAUCUUGGAUGACCAAACCAGCCUUCGGAGUGUUCUCUGUCCUACUUCCGACUUUACUUGUGGUGUAACCAUGUUCAUUAUAAUCUCAAAGAAGAAAAAA